AUAACAUAAUAACGUACCUACAUGGACUGGGCCCAUUUUUUUGGGCCGAUUCAUGCAAUUACUUGUUGCAGAGCCCACUCUACUGGCGGGAAAGAGGUUUUAGCGGAGAGGAUAGUAGUAUAUUUUCCUUUUUGGUUUUUAUUAGUAUGAUGCAAAAACGCGGAAUCUCUGAACAGAAAGCGCGGGAAAAUGGAGAAAUACUUGGUUUCGCAUAAACCCCCAAUUGAAAAAGUUCAGCCUCAUCGUCGUAGUUGGAGGUGCCAAUGGAAGAGGGGCUCGGUUGAACUAAAUGGGAGAUUUGAGCGUAAUUAUCGUCAUGAGAUGCUGGAUCUGCUAAUUCGAUCGUAUUCUGAGGUUGCAGCGUUUCCGCAUUUGUAUCAAGUGGAUGGGGCGCCAUGCCAAUCUCAUACGAAUCGAUUGAUUGGUGAGGCAAAUGGUGAUGGCCAUCUUCCAUUUAGAAAGCAAGGCAUCUCUGCAGUAGAUUUUGACAACAAGGGAAUAUACUUGGUGUCUGUGACAAAAUCAGGUUGCUUAACAGUUCACGACUUCGAAGCUCUUUAUUGCCAGAUACCUGAAUUAACUUGCUUGAAAGAAGAUGAAAGCAAGCAUUUAAUGCAUCUCUCACUAAAUCAACAACUUGAUGCUGUCAGAUGGAAUCCUCUUAAUCAGGAUGAGGUUGUUUGUGCAUCUGUAAAAAGUAACAAACUACUCAUAUUCGACGUUGGAUAUGUCUCAUCAGAUCCAGUUGAAGUGUUAAGAACAAGACAAACAACCACGGUUAAUGGAUCCAGCAUACACAAAGGUCUCUCUGAUGUAGCUUUUACAAAAAAUGACACAAGGAUACUUGCUUCUGAUACACAUGGUGCAAUUAAUGUCUGGGACAGAAGAGUGAAUACUCUACCUUGCCUUGAGCUUGCAUCUGCUUCAUGUGGUACGCUUAACAGCAUCCAAUUAAAUGCAGAUAAUCAGAUUAUUUUUGGUGCUGGGAAACACGGGCUUGUGUAUGUAUGGGAUAUUCGUGGUGGAAGAGCAUCUGCUACUUUUCAAAGUCUCAAAGAGAUAUGCCAUCCACCUGUAACAUCAGUGAAGUUGGCAACAUUGCUAGAGAAGAUUGGAUCUUUGAAGGCACAGGCAAAUAUUGUUCCCAAGGAGAUUCACUCUAUUGAUAUUGAUCCAUCAUGCCCAUAUCAGUUAGCUUUCCAUCUUGUGGAUGGCUGGUCAGGCGUUUUGGAUACUAAUAAUUUUCAAGUUACGCAUAUUCAUUGCCCACCCCCAGCUUGGUUAAACGAUUCCUACAUUCCCGCUGAUCUAUCAUAUUUAAGAAAACCUUCAUGGCUAUCGACGGGUUCGAUCUAUUUAAUUGGGUCAUCAUCUGAUUGUGGCAUUCAUCUCUUGGAUUUCUAUCCCAGCACCAACUCACCAAGUCAUGUGGAUUACAAGGAGGAUAUGCAAGAAAAUUCAAGGCGGCACAACCGAAGCAAUCAGAACAGAUUUAUUUCUUUAUCUGAAGGAGUUAUCUCAUGUGCUGCUCACCCUUUGUAUAAUGCCAUCGUAGCAGGAACUAAGAAAACUUCUUUGCUCGUGAUUUCCCAAAGACAAGAGUCAUGCAGAAGUGACGAUUAGUCCCAAGCAUUGACGGAAUUUUGUAGGGUAGUGGCAAUUUAAGUGUAUUUUCCUCGACUGAAUUUGUAGAUGCGUUUUUUUUUUUAAGAUCAAUUUGUAGAUGAGUUAAUGUGCAAUUCCCUGUUCCAUUACCUUUUGGUAUGCUUUUCCGGUAUCGUAUUUGUUGAAUCUUCGGUUCAAAAUGGAAAGGGUUAUUAAAUAAUAAUCUGGUCCCGUAAUAAUAUUCAACUUUUUGGUUUA